AGGAAAACAUCUUAUCAACACGAUUAUAAUGUCCAAUGACAAUCAUCAUCUCAAUUGACCCAGCAGUGUGCUAAACACUGAAUAAUUCUAUUCUCUCCAAGUCCUCCUCUAACAAAUGCCAGGCUGAAGCAAAACGGAAAAACUUCUCAAGCGUAAGUCAUUGAUCAAAUUUUAGCUGUAAGAGUAAUAUCGACAUUCGAAAGCUGACAACAGUAUGGUAGCAGUAGGUAGAAUCAUCCGAUUCUAAAAUUACGGUUAUUUUUCGUUAAAACAGAGCUUUGACGUUGUCAACUCAAGACUAGAUAUCAAUAUACUAAAGCUGCAAGAUGAAUACAUCCGUGUGGUAUAUUCUUGCUAUUCUUCUAUACUGGAUUUCUCCAUCAUUUUCAAGAGAUUGUUCAGGAAACGAAUUAGAAAUGUGUAUGAAUCAAGCAAAAUGCGUAGUAUCCGACGAUAACAAGCCCAGAUGUCUCUGCACAAGUCUGUACACAGGACCGAACUGUGGAAUAGGUAUUCGCAAGUACUAUGGCCUCGAACACAUUUGGUACCCAGACGUGAACAGAACACAACAGAAACUCAACAGAGUUGGUACAAAUGCCUUAGGACCAACAGAUAACCUGACAUUAAAUUGUCCACUAUUGAAUAAUCCUCAAGGGGCUUACCAAUUUGAUUGGUAUAUUAAUGGGACUCUACUUACCAGCGGAAAAAAUGGUGUGACAAUUAACCAUCAAACAGGAAAUCUUCACAUCCUAAACCCAAGUAAAGACAGAAAUCGGUUUGAAGGAUCAUACUAUUGUAUAGUAACAAGUGAUGGCGGGAAAAUGCGUGGCCCUACCAUUGAAGUCAAAGUAAAAGUGAUGGGAAGAUUUCUGUCUAGUUCUCCAAUAACACUAAAUGUGACGACAGGUGCGCGGCUGGUACUAAAGUGUCCCUCACACACAUAUAGCUAUGGUGUUACUUACGGAUGGAUAGGAGUGACAUCUAGAGAGCCAUUACCCUUCAUGAUUCAAACUAAUCGUGUAUUCCAGGACUCGGACGGUACUUUGUACUUUUCGCAAGUCACCAAUCAAGAUAUAGUGAAUAUAAACAUAACCAAGGGAAUACAGUGUCGGAUGAUUGGAUUUGUUGCAGACGCUUUCUCAAACUCUGUGUUUUUGGAAGGAGUCAGAGUGUUAAAAUCAGAAAAAACGGGAAGUUUCAAUUUUCCCACCACCGACGUCAAUAUGUACGUAGCCAAAGGCGACAUUACGACGCUUCACUGUAUUCCAUUCGGAGUACAACCUAUUGUUAUUAAAUGGUACAAAGAUUCAAAACCUUUGGUAGCAGGAGGGCCAUUAGCAUUACAGAAAGCGAAUCGAACAUUACAAAUCACUGCUACAGAUUCAAAAACUGCUGGGACUUACAGAGUGGAGGUCAUGGCCAACUCAUCAUCAAAAACGUUCGCUAAUAUUAAACUGCAUUACAUCAAUUAUAAAGGGACUUAUUUGACAGCAAAGCACAAGGAUUCAGUCAUUUUUAACUGCCAUAUCAAGCCUUUCAGUAUUUCUACAUUUCCAUUUAAGUGGUAUUUCAAUGGCGCACCAGUUGACAGCUAUUCACAACUUCAGAGCAGAUCAACAGUUUAUUCCAACGGCUCAUUGUCGGUUACAUCUUUGCUUAUUGAAGAUAGCGGCAUAUUUGAGUGUUACAUCGAUGGUAAAGAGUCUAUCGGAUAUGCUUUUUUCGUUGUUGGACUACCUCUCCCUCCGAUAUCUUUAAAUAUCACCAACUGUUCUAGUUUAACAACCACUUUGUCAUGGGAUGUCAUCAAGACUCCCUCCUUUCCAGCCGAAUCGUACGUUUUGGAAAUUGGAGACGAAUUUACGCCCAAUGUGUACAAAACUAUCAAUUCCAUCAAGAUCACCAACAAAAAACACACGAUCAAAGAUUUAAGUCCUGGAGCAAAGUUACGAUUUCGUGUCAGAGGACGUAAUAACCUAGGAAUAGGUUUGCCAAGCAAGCCGUCCUCCUUGUGCAUCACAACACAAGGCAAGCCUACGAAAUUUCCAGAUGGUCUUAAAGCACAACCUCACAAAACGGACGGGUCUAUAUCAGUCGAGUGGAAAAGUUUUCCUCAGAUAGAUUGGAAUGGAGCUGGUUGUGUAAUCCUACCUUAUACUAAGCGCAAUAACGAGAGUACGUGGAAGCCAUGGCAGAGAUCACUAUGUGACGCAACAAGUAUAGUCAUUACUAAUAUGGGCACCUAUCAACUCACUGAUAUUAGGAUACAAAUCAGGAAUAACAUCGGAACUGGACCAUUUAGUCCUAAAGUUACAUCUUACUCUGGACAGCCUGCUCCACGUGUGGCUCCAAAAAAUCUACGAGCAACUGGAAUCACCGACAAUAGCGUAUCUCUACAGUGGGAUAGGGUUGUCAUUAUCGGUGGAUCUGUCGAUCGAUACGUGGUAACCUAUCAACCUGGUGGAAUAGAACAACCAAAAAAACGAAGACGACGCUCCGUAAAAGAAACCAUUAUAGAAGCUUGGUACCGAUUGUUGUCAAAGAUUUCACCUCGACACAGAAUUCGACGAGCUAAUUUGAUUGGUCCAAUACUGCCUCAACCUAUAAUCCCUCAACGAAUCAACACUACGACUACGCAUGUCACAAUAAGCGGUCUUAAGCCUUAUAGUCCCUAUGUCUUUACAGUACAAGCCGAGAAUAGCGGAGGAAUGGGGCCUGGGGCUAGGUUUCCAGUUACCACUUUGUAUAACAAGGAUGUCUUUUUCCUUUUAUCGAUUACCUUCACCAAUGUGAAUUUUACUACUGAAUACAAAAACAAGAAUUCUCUGAAAUACAGAAACCUCAGCGACACAAUCAAUGCAGGGCUAAAUAACAUGUUCAGGAACAUUUUUCACGUGAGUUCUUUUGAAGUGCUUUCUUUUAGCUCGGGGAGCAUUGUUGCUGAUAUUCAAAUAACUUCGAGAUCGAAUUCACCCAAUGGCGUUGAGUUUAGAGUACCGGUGUUGGAAUUAGCAGAAAGCCAGUUCAAGCCUUACAUCCUCAACCCAACCAAGACAAAGAUGAUAAGAGAGUCAAACCGGCUCCCUUCCAAUAUAUCAGUAUCAAAUGACUUUCCUUCUGCUGGAGAUACCAUUGAGUUCAAGUGUGUAGCUUUGCCAACAGGACCACGAAAACCAACUUUUAGCUGGCUGAAAGACAACCGACUUGUUCUGCCGGGUGUUCGACAUAAAAUUGCAUCAAACGACAAAGAAUCCACUUUGACUAUUCGAAAAAUCGAUCCUACCGAUGCAGGAGCUUACCAGUGUAAUCUUAGGAAAUCAAACGAUUCCGACUCUUCCAAAAAAUCCAUUUUAGUCGUCAAACCAGUGAUUUCUAUUGUUCCAAAGGCAUUGACGAAAGUUGAAGGGGACUCUGCAAUCUUCUCUUGUCGGGUGAUCAGCGGAAACGUCACAGCAAUGAAGCUGUUAUUGGUUCGUGUGGGUGACACGCCCAAAGUUAUUGAUGUGAAUAAUGCUACAUUGACUAAUCUAAAGAUCAGCAAUGGAAAUGAUAGUGAAACAAUGAGGUACCAGUGUUUGCUGGUUCGCAAUGAGUCACUUGUAAACAAUCCCGUUACUGUGAGUCAAGUAGCCGAGCUAACCAUCGUUAAACCAAUCGUUCCCAAGUGUCCACGGGAAAUAAGAAGCAAUGUCUUGUGGUUUUCGACAGCAGUAGGUUUAACUGACAUAAAACGGUGUCCUAAUAAUGCUACAGGUCUAGCAACAAGGCGAUGUUUAAAAGGUCCUAAUUCAGAACCGAAAUGGGACGACCCGAACUUUGGCAACUGCACAUCAGUGGAGUUUAAAAAACUCUUAUUACAGGCCGAAGCAAUUGUGUCACCUGAUUACACACCAACAUAUAACGCAAGUGGGCUGCUUGGAGUCCUAAAAAACACCACCAAGAAAGAAGGUCUUGUUGGCGGUGAUUUAGAUGUCUCAGUAAAAAUCUUAACCAUCCUAACCAAUAGCAGCCAAGUGAGCAAUAAAACUACAAUUACCUCCGAUAAAGAUCAACAGAAUUUCUUGGAAAUCUGCAGUAAUAUUUUAGAGUCGACAAACACAAAGCGGUGGAUUCAGUAUGAUGCACAAUUACAAAAGGGCACCAAGUAUUUGUGGAAUCGAUUGAUUUCUACUGUUGAUAGCUAUGGUCUUCAGCUGACCAAUCAGAUUGCAGGCUCUAAAAAAGUGAUCACGACCAGAAACGUUGUAAUGAGACUGGACAAAGUUGGUCAGCAAGAUGAGGUAGCAAAGAAGGGUCUUCAGUUUCAAUACAAAAAGUUUGAAAGCUCAUUAUACAUACCGGCGUCAGUGUUUGGUAAUGGCCAAGGUCAUCGUGUUGUCAGUCUCGUUUAUAAAACACUCAACGCUGUAAUGCGUCUUAAAAAUGACACCAACACGACACAAGACGAUAGCGACGUCUUAACGGCGAACACGACCAUGGUUACAAGCCUUGUCAUUCCAGCACCAACUGAUAAACUAAAAGACAAAGUUAAAAUCGUCGUGAAAAAUGAGAGGGUUGUCAAUCCAGUUCCGCAACGAACCUGUGUUUUCUGGAAACAAGGUUUACCAAGUAUUUGGAAAACUGACGGUUGUAGGCUGGUACCUAGUGAAUCCAACAGUCAUGUGACUACUUGUGAGUGCGAUCACUUGACGGUAUUCGCGUCCCUCAUGGAUCCCUACGGUGGACCGGUUGGAGAGGACGAUCGUAAGGCCCUGGAGUUGAUUUCUACCAUAGGUUGUGGCAUCUCCUUGUUUGCCAUCCUCUUGACUAUUGUUGUGACCUUGUUCUUCUGGAGAGUUCUCAAAUCACCUCGAACCAUUGUACUCAUGAACAUUUGCGUGGCUAUUGGUAUAGUUUGUAUUCUUGUCAUAGCAGAAGGGACUGCACGGGCAACUAAGGUUGGUUGUACUGUGUUGGCGGUAUUACUGCACUAUUUUCUUUUGGCCGUGUUUUGCUGGUUUUUGUGUGAGGGACUGCUUUUAUACCUUCUUAUUGUCAAAGUAAUUGGUGGAAAAGUGGAAGAGAAAGUCAAGUUUUUUAUGCUGUUUGGAUGGGGUUUUCCACUGCUUACUGUUGCCAUCUCAUUGGGUGCCACCCAAAUAGAAGGAUAUGGUUACCAUGGACUUCAGACCGCUUGCUGGCUUUCUGUGGACAACGGGCUCAUCUGGGCAUUUAUUGGCCCAGCUGUUGUCAUUAUGCUGAUCAAUAUGGUUGUAUUCGUUCUGGUCAUACGACAAAUGAUGGGUACUCGUCAUGCGCAGAGCAAAUCACGUGAUGAGAAACUACGCAUGGGUGUCAAGGCUACAGCGGUCAUUCUUCCUUUGCUGGGUAUCACGUGGGUGUUUGGUUUGCUGGCCUUCAACACCGCGACCUUAGCCUUCAAGUACAUUUUCGCCAUCCUAAAUUCGCUGCAGGGACUGAUGAUCUUUAUCUUCCAUUGUGUACUUAAUCAACAGGUUAAAGAUGCUGUAAAACGAAGGUUUAAUCAAUACAGCAGUUCUGAUUCCAGCGGUCCUAAAAGUUCCCCAGGUAGAAAGAGAAAAAAGCUAGAAAACCAAAGUGGAACCAACAGCAACAGUGAAUCUGCAGGAAAUACUUACGAGAUGAUGCGAAAGAGAGAAUCUAAAAGCGAGCUGAUUAAUGAAAUGAGGGGCGUCGCAUCAAGCAAUAUUGAUGUUUCAAAUCUAGAUGAAACUCGUAAAAACGAGUCCAAACAAAACGACAAUGAACCAGUUUACACUGAUAUUGAAGACCCACAAGGUCUGAACCCACCGAGCCCUGCUGAUGCCUCUUACUACGAAAAUCUCGCAUUGGAUGAUCACAUAGACAGCACAAAAAACGGCAAUGGAUUUCAAGACGAUGAAGAGAAACAGACUAUUCAUAAAGAUAGUCAAUUUAAUGCGGUGGACGUUGAUGCUGAGAUUUGUAAUGGAUUAUUAGACAAUCUCAAGGUUAAAUCAAUAAAAGUGAAAUCUGCAGAUGUGGGUUCUCCACCACUUGUUAGUCGGGAGAACUCCUUGACUUCAGACGCAGACAGUCAAUCAAAUUUUUCUUCUACAAAUCAAGGUUUUGAACAAGAUGACACAGGAUCGUUCUUUGACUAUGGCGUUCCAUUGAGUGGUUAUUCGUCCGAUGUUUCUUGGACUCAAAAAGAGAAGAGUACAGACGAUGACGACAGUCUCGCUUCAUACACUGUUAAACAUGAGAGAAAACACUCUGAAAGCUCUACAGAUACUAUGAUGGGAGAGGACGAAUUCGAGCGUUACCUUCAAGAAACGAACAGCGUAUCAAAUGAAUACCGACCUAGCAAACAUGUCUUUGAUUCUAAUAGUUCAUCCUCCAGUGAUGAAGACAUUGUAUACGACUUGGUUUCAAAAAAUAGGAAACAACCUGACGAUGAGAAUCAAGGCGUCGUUCUAUUUCUGGGUCAAGGGAAAUUCGUCGAAAUAUGAAAAUUUAUAAAUUUCUGUAAAUAAAAACUCUUUUCUUAAGAUAUAUAUGUAUUUUGAUAAUUUUCACAGUAAAUUAAGAAGAAGAAUUUUUAAUAAGAAAUUUUUAAGAAGUAAAUUAAGAAAAAGAAGAAUUGAAAUUUCGAGUUGAGGGCAAUAAAACAUGUAUACAUUAAAAUUGCACUCAUUAGGUAUUUUAUCGAUAUAUUAUAUAUAUAUAUAACUAACAAAUACUUGACAAUUUAAGACCCAGUCACGUCACUAUUAGCCACCUACAACUCACUACACUUUUAAUAAAAAUAGUUCUUUUAAAAGUUAAUUGUGUGGAUCUUCUCGUGAGUUUUGGCUGAUAAGAGGACUUUCAAAUUGUGCAGACACCAUCAUGUUUCGCACUGGCUCAUUUUAAUUAUAAAUUAGGAAAUGAUUCUCUCAAAUUUUGAGUCCCAGAUGGAAUUGCAAUAGCUUACUGCAGGACAUAUCCUCAGUACGGUAUUUUUCUUUGAUUUUUUAAAUGUUGUGUUAGCACCCAAUGAAACUAGAGAGAAUAUAUCUCAUCUUCCUCUAUCACUAUUAGGAUGGCAUGCAAGUCCAAGUUGCUGAACCGUCAUCCCCUGUGACAGCACACAUCCCCAAGUGACAAAUCACCAUGUCUAUUUUCACUUUAUUAGUUCAGAUUAAUAAUAUAAGGUUACUCCUAACUACUAACGGCGAGUGAAAUUUGUCUUUGUUAAACUCGCUCGCUCCGCAUCAAAAAUGCCCGUAUAGUUCUGACUUUUACAUAUGUAAUAGUUGAAUUAUUAACCUUUCUGAUGGUGAGACUUUAAAUCUGAUGGCACGAUGGCCAACACCAGCCAAUAUUCAAACAGUGAUCUCAAAAUUGUUUGCCGCCUUCCGUGCGCGCAAAAAUCCAUCGAUUUUUCUCAAAUUUAAAAGCCUUAAAUAAAACUUUCAAGAAUAAAAAUUUAAAAAACGAAAGCUAUCACUCGCCGUUAGUUGGGAGUAACCUUAAAGCUAUAGUUGUUGUACGUAGAACGCAAUAUACUUGUUUAAUAAAUGGAUGGCAUGAACG